AUGUCAUUCUUUGAUUCUUUUCUUGAUGAAGUCCUUCAGAAAGAAGAAGGCGAUGAUGAUGGUUGCCCAACCUCUACUCCAGGCUCGCCAACUUGCACACUGGAACAUCUUGCUGAGUGGUUGGCAGGAUCAACGCACAGUUCAUCCUUUUCUGGCGUUGCUGCUCCGGAGACUGCAGUGCUUGGAUUGCACUGGGCUGUGCAAAACCGUAUCCCAGAUCGCACGAUUGCGCCGCCAAGGAUGCUCUCUAUGGUUGAGUGGAACGCAGAGUGUCAGGCUGAAUUAGAUGUUCUUGCUACAGGCAUCAAGCAGGACUGGUGCUGCUGCUUUUCAGACAUCUCAAGCUUCUUUCGUUGCGAAUUGAAAGAAGUGAUUGAACAGCUGAAAAAAAAGCCAUCUAUGGCUUUGGAAGUGCUGAGCCCCAUCAUCACCAGUCGACAAGCAGUCAACCGACGCGCUCCGUGUGUACGGCAUGGCCAGAAUUGCUUCAUUGAAACGGCCCAAAAGCAUUUUUGUGGCACAUCAUGUACUGCGCAUUCCCGACAGGGAAAGCAGCUGGGACUAUCUGAUCCAAACGUGUUGCACCUCCUUGCAUGGGCUGCUUUGCGGCUUGAGGUUCAGGAACAAGAAAUCACCCUUGAAAACGUGGAGGGGUUUCCUACAUCGGUGUUGGAACGACUAUUGGGCAGCUGCUACAUCAUUGAAGACGUUGUCAUGGAUCCCCGAAUGUAUGGGUUUCCCGUUGCCCGAGCGCGCAAGUACCAUCGCCUCCGCCAUAAGAUGGCUGCUUUAGCAGAGGUAAGUCCUCUCAGCCACUUUUGCAAACGAUUUCACAGGGCAGUGAACUGGUCAUGGAGGGAGCUUUUGUUCCAACACAAUUUCAACCACGGCGUCAUCCAGAGCGAGUUUGAGGAAGAAUUGCACUGGGGAUCUUCCAGAAAGCUGAGCAUGGCGCACGCUUUGCAGGAUGCUGCCACUGAGGAAGAAUGGGACCGUCGUGUUGAGCCUCUUGCGCAGCACUAUGGGUGGGACAGAUUGUCUGCUGCCAAGGAUGUUGUCGUGAGCAUGGGAGGGCCUGAGCGCCAGCCGUUUUUGGCUGCGCUGAAUGUGACGGAGAUUGAAAUGAGGCGCUCCUAUGCUAUCUCACAUCCGGGACAGGCCUGGCAGCUUAAUCAGAAUCCAGAAUCCGGGCAUGGAAUGGCUUCGACUGACAAGUGGCUGCACACUUUCAUCCACAACGUGGGUUUGAUGCUCGCUUUAACUUCAGUAACUUCACUGACUCAUUGA